GCUCACGCGCGCUCUCCAUGCGGCUCACUUGGCGAGGGCGCAGAAGAGCGCCGCAAUCUUCUUGCCUCCUGGAGCGCUCCGAUCCUUUACUAUAAACCAGUACAAGUGUAAGAUAUCUCUUAAGGAAAAAUUAAACGAAUGAAAAGAAAACAUUUUUUUGUACAGUUUCUAAAACGAAGACUUGCCUCAAGUGUGAAAAGACUGUAGAUGCAGUCUACUUAGACCACUUGAAAGAAUCACACGGCGCUUUGCAAACGAUCCCAAUCGGACUUUUUGUAACCUUGGAGACAAAGGUUACAAAACAUGGAUUCUUAUGUGCGAAAUCAGACAUUUACGUCUCCCGGGUGUCUCGGAGCGCGGACCGAUCCGCUGCAGAACGGAACCGAUGGCGGCAGCCUGGGAACAAACAUCACGUGCGGGAACGCUUCCACAGACCUCGUACCAAAGCUUGUGAGGAACAAGGAUGACGACCACACACUGAGGAUCCUGCUCUACUCACUCAUCUUCUUUCUGAGUGUGUUCGGCAACCUGCUGAUCAUCGUGGUGCUGACGGUCAAUAAGCGCAUGCGUACCGUGACCAACGCUUUCCUGCUGUCGCUCGCCGUCAGUGACCUUAUGAUGGCGGUCUUCUGCAUGCCCUUCACCCUCAUCCCGAACAUCCUCAAGGACUUCAUCUUCGGAGCCGCCAUGUGCAAGAUAGUGUCCUACCUCAUGGGAAUAUCAGUGAGCAUAUCUACGUUCAGCCUGGUUGCCAUAGCGAUCGAGCGCUAUAGCGCAAUCUGUAACCCCCUAAAGUCCCGGGCGUGGCAGACCCGUUCCCAUGCCUAUCGGGUUAUUGCUGCUACAUGGAUGCUGGCCUUCGUCAUCAUGAUCCCGUACCCAAUCAUCAGCCACUUGGAGUCUUUUCAAGGUCCUGAAAACACAACAGCUCACAAGUGUCGCCACAUGUGGCCCAUCGCAACGGCAGAGCAGACCUGGUACAUUUUGCUGCUGCUGGUGCUGUUUGCAAUCCCGGGGUUGGUGAUGAUUGUGGCAUAUGGAUUGAUCUCCAGGGAACUUUACAGAGGCAUCCAGUUUGAGAUGGGCCACAAAAAAGACUCUACGGACGUGAAGAAUGGACUCACCUCCAGCGUGUCUGCCGGCGGUGAUGACGGAGAUGGUUGCUACGUUCACGUUGUUCAGCGGCCACAUUCUAUGGAGAUGUCCACCAUGGCUGCAUCCAGUAGGGCAACCAAGGCGGAAAGACCACGCAGCAACACGUCCGAGGCCAAGUUGGAGGCAAAGAAGCGGGUCAUACGCAUGCUGGUGGUCAUCGUUGUCCUGUUCUUCCUCUGCUGGAUGCCACUGUACGUUGCCAACACCUGGCGGGCUUUCAAUGACUCUGCCAAACGGGCCCUCUCUGGGACACCCAUCGCUUUCAUCCAUUUGUUGUGCUACACCUCUGCCUGCGUCAACCCCAUUAUUUACUGCUUCAUGAACACGCGUUUCCGCAAAGCUCUGCUGGCCACGUUCGGGUGCUGUGCUGCCCCUUGCCGCCGCCGUCGUAGCGGGCUGCGGGAAAACGAGGAGGACGCCAUGGCAACCGGAGCGUCCAUGUCCAAGUUCAGUUACACUACAGUCAGCACCAUGGGAAACUGCUGAGGCAAUUGGAUGAAGGCACAAUCCAGAUGAGACAGUUACUAUGGCAACACAGCAACCCACGUUGUUUGUAUUUGGGACAAUUUGGUACUCAUAGGUACAGUAAUUUGGAUAAGGAGAAAAUGCCAGAUAUUGUGAUAGGGUAGAGGCUUCACCCAUGACUGUGAGUAAAGUUAUAUGUUUUAUUGAAACCCAAUCUUACCAACUAAGUACCUCCAUUGCUAUAAUUGAAAAAAAGCACAGAAAACCAGAUUGUACAUUUAUCUUGUGACACAAUGGGCUGAUGCAAAUUGGCUGUUGAGGUGUCUGCGAUGCGGCGUGUUUUUGGAGGUUGACUUCAAGCUAUUUGAAGGAGGCAGUUUAAUUACUUAGUAGUCAUUAUAUAGCUUUAUAAAUAGGACUGUUAUGUAACUUUGAAAUUGUUUGUGUUAAUGAUAGCAAUGUAUUUGCCUUGUGGACUAAGUGCCUGGUUCUAGAAUCAAUGUAGUAAUUCUCUACAGUUGAUAUAUGACACUCAUCGGCGGCGCCAUUAUCGAAGGAAAAUUGUAAAAUUAAGUUCCUGUAUUGAGUUUAAAGACAAAAAACAUCUUCUAAACAAACUGGAAAUCCUCAUGAGAUAAGACGGCAUUUUUUCCUGGUGGGAGCCGAUAAAUGAGCAGGUUGUCAUUUCUCUGUGACUCCGUGGUCUGAAGUUGGAGACGAGCAGUGCCGAUGCCUCGUGUUGUGGUUUUAUACGGCAGUGCUGGCCACCUAUGUGUUUUUGAGUUAUAAAAAUAUUUGUACUGUCUCAUUGCGGGGGACCACAGUAGCAUAUAUGAGCAGGAUGACUUGGCAUUUGAAUUGUUUCUUUCUCAUGAAUUUGGAUGUGGGUUAUUUUACAGAUUUAUAUAGAUAUUAUAUAGUGUAGCAGAAGGUUCAGUAUAUUACUACUGUGAAAGCAAGAUUACAGUUGACACAAAUAUGGUAUAUACUAUAUGUUAACCAUAUAUUGCAACAUGAACGGAUGAUUUUUAUGAACACGUUUACUUCAGCCUUAUACAGGGGACAUGUUCACUUAUUCCAGUGAUUGUUCAGUGAUUUGCAUUCCCAGGGAAAUUCACCUUCAGGGCUGCCAAAAUGACCGCCAGGUGUCAGAGGUCUCUGUUGAUUAGUCCCUUACUCAGCCUCCCCUAAUUACUUUACACUGAUUGUAUUACAACCUCAACCCUGCCGAGCUGAACAGAUGAGCAUAUUUUACUGAGUGCACUAAAGCAGCAGGCUGUCGGCAGCCUGACGUUCUGAUGUGCAGCCUGAUCCUCAGCGCCUCAUCUAACCCUGUCCAGAUACCCGCAUACCCGGCUUCAACACGUUGCAUGUUCAUUCACACAUUGACUAGUGCUAAUGUUUAGUUUCAAAUCAAAUCUCUCCUGUUACACCAAGCUAAAGAGUGGUUUUAUUUUGAAUUCUCAUAAGCAGGAAGCUGUUUCCAUCAAUUGUCCAAUUUUACGUAGUCAGACUAAGUUAAUAACUAUUUGGUGAACAUAUGGAGGAAUGCUGCAUAAGAAACAACUGGUUGGAGGCCAAAACAGAGUUAAAAGGACAGUAAACAUUAGUCUAGAAUUUGUUUGGUAACUGCAAAGUUACCUUUGAAUGUGUAACGUCUGCUUUAUGAAUAAAUAGGCACCUGUUUUAGCAAUAACAACAGAGGAUGACAAGUCAAGCAUUUUCCACUGAACCAAAGAGGUUUAUAAAUCAUCUUCAGACGCUUAAAGGUUAGUGUUGAAUUACAGCAUCGGGACAAAUAAAAUUAUCAGCAGAAAGGAAGAGAUGCUGUCAAA